AUGUGCGGAUUUGGUGUACGCUCCACCCACGCACCCGCUGAAAGGUGUAUAUCUAAAAUUUGCCUUGCAGCCGACAUGACUUUGAGUGUUAGAACCUCCAGCGUCGAAGGGGAGUCAACUGAACGAAUCACAACUAUUGAUGACAUGAAAUGUAACUAUAGCAUGGUCAAAGCAGCCGACUCUUGUUCCAACACAACAGCAGUCGGACCAGGAAAGCAUGCUAUCGUGAAUGAUACAUGUGACAAUCAGAUGAACAACAACAAUUACAAAAAAGCCAGAACGAACGGAAUAUCAAAUGGACACACGAUGUUGCAUAAGAGGAAUGGAUUUAGCCUGACUCCAACACAACAAAUAGACUAUAAUCGGUAUAUGAAGGAGCAUCCAAACGCCAAACUUAUCGGAAUUGAUGGAAACUGGUAUGAUAUCACUAAUUUUAUACCAUAUCAUCCAGGUGGAGAUCUCAUUGAACAUUUUAUAGGGAAAGAUUCGACACCCGUGUUCAAAGCGUUCCAUGGCGAAGAUGUGCUAAAACAUCGCAAACCAGUAGGACAGUAUAUACAAUGUUCAAGCGACCCAGCAGCCGAAGCUUUUGCCAAUUUACAUUUAUUUUUCAUCAACAAUGGCUUCUUUAAAACGAGUCUCAGCUGGUACCUCAAAAAGGUGAUGGUAACUGUUUUACUUUUUGGACUAACAUGGUAUCUGGUUACCUGUCACACGCAAUGGUACAUGCAUUUCCUUGCCUCCUUCACUAUCGCCGCCUUUUGGCAACAAUGUGGCUUCUUCAUGCACGACUUUAUGCACAACCAGGGCUUCCAUAAUCGUAAAAUCGACCGUUGGUUGGGCCUUUUCUUUGGCACUACUUGCCUCGGAGUGAAUGGACACUGGUGGCGCGAUGAGCACUACGUACACCAUGCCCUGACCAACACUGUGGAUUACGGCCAACAAUUUUUCGAUCCACAAAUGCGAGAACCGAUAUGGGCUCAAAAUGAGAAACUUUUCCCUUUCUACUCCUCGAAUAUCGAAGAACUAUGCAUCCGGAUCCAGCACAUUACCUUCAUCCCAAUUUGUGUUAUUGUAGGCAGGAUUGGAAUUAUGCUGGAUGGCUUCAAAACGGAACGGCGUUGGUACGAAUGGUUUGCGUUCAUGCUCCAUUGGUCAUGGAUGUCUCUGUUGUUCUCUUUUCUCCCCACCUGGCGUCGGGUCAUCAUAUUUUAUUCUUUGGCAUCCAUCUUCCAGGGAAUUCUCCAUGUACAGCUGUUAAUCAGUCACUACUGCAAGGAUUUCUUCCAGAAAGAGAAUAUCUGCGUGGAGAAAAACUGGUAUCGCAUGCAGAUCGAAUGCAAUAUCAACAUCAAGAAUCCUAAAUGGCUAGAUUGGUUUCACGGUGGACUAAACUUUCAUAUAGAGCACCAUCUUUACCCAUUAAUGCCCCGUCACAAAUACAGAGAAGCAAGUAUUCAUAUACGUAAGACGUGCAAAGACCUGGGAAUACACUAUGAUGAAUGUGGCUGGUUUGAAGCCAUCAAGAGAACUUUGAUGCAUCUAAAGAAAAUGUCUACGCAUUUUAAACUUGACCCUCGAUGAGAUGAAUAACUUAAACGCAUUAUUCAUAUUAAUAACAUAAACUUUUGACACGAGUUCUUCUAGAUUGGACGACGUUUAAAAGUCAUUAUCAAUUAAGUACAUCAAUUUAUGUAAAAUAUUGUGUCGAAAUAUCAUUAUCAAUAUUAGGGGCGUAGCCAGCUUUCAGUCAGGGGAAAGGGUGGCUCUUUUCUUCUUUCUCAUGGUUUUAUUUUUAUUGGCUAUGGUCCCUACGCCUAUGAAUAUUAACUUAAACUUAACAACAA